GUAGAGAACUGUAAAGAGCGAUAGUUUAGGGCGGCGGGAGGGGUGAACAGUUUGUUUUGACAAUAAACCGUAUUUGCGUAAAGACCUCCAGCCGGCGAAUCGCAUCAGUUCGCCCGGAGGGUCAUCGUCAGCGGCGACACCCUCUGUGCUGUCAGCCUCGACUGUUUAGAAAAUGACCGGAGAGAAGAUCCGCUCCCUGCGCACGAACCAGAGACCAAACAAGGACGAGGACUUACUGGAGCCGGACGAAGAAGCUGCCACCGGGACGUUCACCGCCUCCUCCAACAAGGCGAACAAGAGCAGGGCGAGUAAAAUAUUCAGCAAUCACAAGUUAAUCAAGUCGCCAUCCACGCAACAACAGCAGAACCAACAAUCUCCGAUUAAUGCCAACACGAACACACUGUCAACAUCGGAAGUUAUUGAUGACAACAACAAAAACCCCAUUAUCCGAACUGAGCUGGACUUCCCGGUGCACGAGUGUGUGUUUAGAGGAGAUGUCCGGCGCCUGUCCUCGCUCAUCCGGACACAGAACAUCGCCCAGAAAGACAUCCAUGGAAACACACCGUUACAUCUCGCCGUCAUGAUGGGUCAGAAAGAGUGUGCCCAUUUGCUUCUGGCCCACAACGCACCGGUGAAGGUGAAAAAUGCUCAGGGAUGGAGCCCCCUCGCUGAGGCCAUCAGUUAUGGAGACAGGCAGAUGAUCACAGCAUUGCUGAGGAAGCUGAAGCAACAGUCCAGGGAGAGUGUGGAGGACAAAAGGCCCAAACUGCUCAAAGCCCUCAAGGAGCUGGGAGACUUUUACUUGGAGCUUCACUGGGACUUCCAGAGUUGGGUGCCUUUGCUGUCCAGAAUCCUGCCAUCAGAUGCGUGUAAGAUUUACAAACAAGGCAUCAACAUCAGGUUGGACACAACCCUGAUAGACUUUACAGAUAUGAAAUGUCAGCGUGGAGACCUCAGUUUCAUCUUUAACGGCAAUGCUAUCCCCUCUGAAUCUUUUGUUGUGUUGGACAACGAACAGAAAGUCUACCAGAGGAUCCACCACGAGGAAUCGGAAAUGGAGACUGAAGAGGAAGUGGACAUUCUGAUGAGCAGUGAUGUUUACUCCGCCACGCUCUCAACCAAGUCCAUCACUUUCUCCAGGGCGCAGACUGGAUGGCUGUUCAGAGAGGACAAGACGGAGCGCGUGGGAAACUUCCUGGCGGAUUUCUACUCUGUGAACGGCCUUGUACUGGAGUCCAGGAAGAGACGAGAGCAUCUGAGCGAGGAGGACAUCUUGAGGAAUAAAGCCAUCAUGGAGAGUCUGAGCAAAGGAGGGAACCUCAUCGACCAGAACUUUGAGUCUACAAGAAGACAAUCUUUGACUCCCCCCUCACCCAACACUAUAUCCUGGGAAGAAUAUAUCACUGCUGGCAAUGGAAAAGCGCCUCAUCUAGGAAGAGAGCUGGUCUGCAAGGAGAGCAAGAAACACUUCAAAGCCACGAUAGCCACGAGUCAGGACUUCCCUCUGGGCAUCGAAUCGUUACUGAACGUUCUGGAGGUUGUUGCGCCCUUCAAGCACUUUAAUAAACUCAGGGAGUUUGUUCAGAUGAAGCUCCCCCCUGGUUUCCCUGUCAAACUGGACAUCCCGGUCUUUCCUACCAUCACAGCCACGGUGACAUUUCAGGAGUUUCGCUACGAUGAGUUUGAUGAAUGCAUUUUUACCAUUCCCAACGAGUAUAAAGAAGACCCAAGCCGCUUCCCCGACCUUUAACCUCUCGCUCUGGACUACGA